AUGGAUACACAAAAUCUCAAUCUACAUCAUUCGUUUUAAUCUAAUGAAGCCAAGAGCAAGCUUCAAAAUAAAAACUAAUUGUCUUCAGUAUUUUAAUAUAUUUAAUAAUAGGAAGAAAUUUAGUCAUUUUAAAAAUAGCCAUAAAGUAGUCGAAUAACGUAGGAAACAGAGAAUAGGUAUAUUAAUUUAUGUAUAUAUUCUAGAUUCAUUAGCUACUCAAAUACAUCUAUUUAUUUGAACAAUAAAUAUUUAGAAAGUUUCGACAAGAAUUCUAAAUAGGCAGUUUCUUCUAAAAUGCUGAUUGCAGAUUAUGAAUGCCUCUUCUAUAAAAAAUACAUGAUCGAAAGAGUAGUAAAGGAAAGUAAACAAUGCAAAGUAAUUUCAGUUUUUUAAUUUAAGGUUGUACUUUGUCAGGAAAUUGGUACGAAUUAGAAAAAAAUUGCCAAGGUUUAUGAAGGAAGAAUGAUGAAUUUUGUAAAAUUUGUAUUAAUAUGGUAGGAAGAUAUUGUUCCAGAAAUUUAGACUAAUUGUAAAUUAUCUAAUUUUCCACAUAGAAACAUCAUAACUUUAAUUGAUUUAUUUAUAGAACCUGAUUUAAUUGCACUUGUUUUUGAAUAUUAAGCAGGUGGAACACUAUAUGAAUUUUUAGUUUAAAAGAAAUUUUAAUUAACAGAUUCAGAAGUUAAAAUCAUUAUGAAAUAAAUUUUAAAAGGUUUAAGACAUCUUUAAAAAAUGGAAAUAAUUCAUCGAGAUAUUAAAUUAGACAAUAUAAUGUUUACAGAAUUCAAUAAUAUUAAAUCAUUAAAAAUAAUUGAUUUUGGAUGUGCUGCAUUUAUUAAUGAUUCAAGAGUGAAAUCAAUCAAAUGUGGCACUUUUGGAUAUAUUGCCCCUGAAAUUUUGAAUGAUCAGUAUUAUGAUUACUCAAGCGAUAUUUAUAGCGUUGGAGGCAUAUUUCAUAUUUUAUUGACUGGAACUAGAAUAUAUCCUUAAUUUUUAGAAUAAUAACAAAUAAAAUAUUUAAAUUCAAAGAAUGCUUAUAAACUAAAUAAAUCAAUAACAUGCCCUUUAAUUUUAGACUUACUUAACUCUAUGCUUUCUCAAUAAUCUAGUAGACCUAAGGCUAAUUCUUGUUUGAAACAUGAAUAUUUUUUAAAGUCUGAUCUUUCAAUUACUAAUUAGUAAACCUUCAUUUUAUAUUAGACUUAAAAAAAUGCAAUUUCCUAAAUUAAGAAAUCCUUUUCGAAAAUGA